AUGAAUACUUUCGAUACGGAUGACAUCCAGCAGCACGUUCUGUCUGUUCUCGACUCAGCUCCAAUUGCUGACACACGGAGGCUGAGCUACCCGAAUGGCCUAGAAGCAGACGCCGAAAGUUCAUCCUCAGAAUACCAACUUGCUAUCAAAAGUGCCCUGGAUGGUUUGGCUGCAAAAGAGAUGGUCAUCUAUCAAACCCACAACAUCGAAAUUCAUGUUCUUACUGCCGAGGGUCAAGCCGUAGCACAAGCUGGAAGUCAUGAAUACCGUGUAUGGGAAGCUCUGGGCGACGAGGGUUUGCUGAUGCGCGAUUUACAAACAGCGCUGGGUGAAGAUGCGGCUAAGAUCGGACAGGGAAAAGCGUUCCGGAACAAAUGGAUCAAGAAGAGGUCGGAUGGAGGCUUCAUCCGAGCAGUCACUGCAGAUCAAAUCACCGAUCAGACCAAGUUGGAUCUGGUCUCUAUCGAAACAACUGGCUCAUUACCCACAGAUGAUGCCAAAGGCUCGGGUAUGGCAGAUUAUCGCAAGCGAAAAUUGUGCGAAAAAAGGAAAUACCUUUAUUUCUCGAUCGAGAAAGGACCAAAGUUUUCAACUGUGAUCGAGCGACCCGAGACUGACCUAACCGUUGAACUCUUGACAUCAGGAAGAUGGAAGACGGCCACUUUCAAACCUUACAACUUCAACGCCGAAGGAGUCCCACCAAACGCUGGCGCUCUACAUCCUCUGAUGAAAGUUCGGGAAGAGUUUCGGAAUAUCUUUUUUGAGAUGGGAUUCACGGAAAUGCCCACAGAUAAAUAUAUAGAGACUUCAUUUUGGUGUUUUGACUCCCUUUUUGUACCUCAACAACAUCCAGCUCGUGAAUCGCAAGAUACCUUUUACUUGAAAGACCCCGUCGCAUCGACAGAUUUUCCAGCCGAAUAUUAUGAAAAGGUCAAAACAAUUCAUGAAUCAGGAGGUCACGGCUCAAUUGGUUAUCGCGCCCCGUUUCAAGAGUCGGAGACCGCCAAACUAGUCCUCCGUACACACACAACUUCAGUAUCUGCCAAUAUGCUCUACCAGAUUGCACAGGAGUGUCAAAAGAAUCAGGAAGACUUCAAGCCUAGUAAACUUUUCAGCAUCGACCGAGUGUUCAGAAACGAGGCAGUCGAUGCGACCCAUCUCGCCGAGUUUCAUCAAGUUGAGGGUGUCGUUGCUGACAAGAAUAUUACUCUUGGCGAUUUGAUUGGAUUCAUGGAAGUCUUUUUUGCUAAAAUGGGUAUCCACGACAUUAGAGUUAAACCAACGUAUAAUCCUUACACAGAGCCUUCCAUGGAAAUUUACUCUUGGCACAGCGGCUUGAAGAAAUGGGUCGAGAUUGGUAACUCGGGUCUCUUCCGUCCCGAAAUGCUGGAGCCAAUGGGUCUCCCACCUGAUGUACGAGUUUUGGGAUGGGGCUUGUCACUCGAGAGACCAACGAUGAUUAAAUACGGCAUAUCAAAUAUCCGAGAACUGUUGGGCCACAAGGUUUCACUAGCCAGUGUUCAGAAGGCAGCCGCAGUCAGGUUUUGA